AUGAAUUCUCAGGUGACAAAUAUGGUUAUUGUUCUUCUCAUUUUCCAAUUGUCUAGGAAACUAGAUCUUGAAGACCCUGAAGUAGUAACAUAUGUUCGUCUAGGUUAUAUGGCGGCUCAAACAAUUAUUCUCUCCAUUUGUUACUUUUUAUCGAACAAGAUAAAUUCAAAAAAUGAAACAACUGUGCUUCGAUAUGUUGAACCUCCAAAACCUUUUACAAACGAGCCUGGUAAACCAAUUGAAACGACAUUUAUGGAAUAUGAUCUUAGCAAGCUUAAAGAAUUAGUUAAACAAACAUUAAUUGGAGUUGUGAUAAUGAUGUUUUUGCAUUUUUAUUGGAAUUUCACACAUCCGUUAUUCAUUCAAUCAAUUCUACCAAUAAAGAAUAUUUAUCAAAAUCAGCUUUUCAAAAUUCAUGUUCUUGGGAAACCCGCUGAAGGUGAUUUAAAAAGGCCGUUUAAAACAACAAGUCCAUUCGGUGCAAUGAAUGAAUCACAACAACCUCAAACAGAUAAAGCUUCUUUUAAGAAAGCUGUUAAAGCUUCUAAAACUUUUGGGUAUGGCGCGUCUGCUGUUGUGUAUGGAGCUUUAUAUAAACCACUUAACAAGAAAGUGGCAAUCAAAACCAUUGAUUUGGAUUUUUUUGAAAGAAAUCAAAUUGACGAAGUUAGAAAAGAAACACAAUUAAUGUCCUUGUCAAAACAUACAAACGUGUUAAAAGUUUAUUGCUCUUUUGUAAAUCAGUCAAAAUUAUAUAUUGUAACACCAUACAUGUCAGCUGCUGGCAAUCUUUUAAUGGAUGGAGACGGAUCAGUAUUACUUGCUGAUUUUGGUGUGGCAUCUUGUCUUACUGAAGGUGGUGAUAGAAAAGAACUUCGAAAAACUUUUGUUGGGACGCCAUGCUGGAUGGCACCUGAAAUUAUGGAGCAAGAAGGAUAUGAUUAUAAGGCUGAUAUUUGGUCUUUUGGAAUAACAGCUCUUGAAUUAGCAACAGGACGUGCACCUCUUGCAAAAUGUCCACCACUCAAAGUUAUCAUGAUGACGCUAUCAAGUGAUCCUCCUACUCUUGCAAGAGAUGAAACCAAACAUAAAUAUUCAAAAGGAUUUAAAGAAAUGAUAGAUUCAUGUUUGUUUUUCAGGCAAGCUAAAAGAAAAGAAUAUUUAUAUAAUAAAUUGUUACAUAAUAUACCACCAUUAGAAGAUCGACCCCACAAAAGAGUACAACAAAAACCUAUAACUUUUAAUAAAGGAGUCACAUGGGAUUUUACUGUUGAUAGUGAAGAUUUGCUUAAUGAGUUAGAAGAAAAUCAUGAUAAAAAAAUUGUAAGAUUUACGAUGCAAGCUGAAGAAACUUCACUGAUCAAUGCUCCGCCAAAAAAAUCCAGAUUUUAUGUUGAAACCAACCCAACUGCGUCAGAUCAUUCCACUAAUCCUACAAAUACACCAACUACAACACAACCAUCCCCGUAUGUAAGAGCACAAAGUCCUGUAUCAAUAAAUUCCGAACCAAUCCAGUCACCACAGCCACAAUCAGAGGGGAUUAGAAAAGGAAGAUUCAGUGUUAUUGAAUCUAAUUCAUCAAAAGAAAAAUCAAUUCCGAUAAAUGAAUUGGAUAAUAAUAAUAAUGGUGAAAGGAUACCUUUGGCACGAGAACAUUCCAAUGAGAGUUUAUCAGAAAGUUAUAAGAAAAGUCGGUUUGAAAUACAACAGACAAGCCCUCAACCCAUAGUUAUUCCACUUACCGUUAGUACUUCAUCUUCAAAUGAAGGUUUUAUCCAAUCGCCUACAUCGCUUUCUCGAGAUUCAUCCUUGAAAAGCGAUUCAUCAUCUUCAGUUAAGGAGGUUUCUCAAAUUAAAAAUAGUCGAUUCCAAUCCGACACUAUCACUAUUAUUGAAUCAUCUAAUAUCGAAAAGACAGAAAAAACGGGUACCAAAAAAGGUAGAUUUGAAGUAUCUAGCACCUUUAAUGGCACCAAGUUGAUGGACGGAUCAACACCUCCAUCGGGAAAUUUAUGUUCAUUUAAUGCACCAAAUUCACCACAAUCCACUUUUUUAAGCAAUUCACCUAGUGCCUUGCCACUCGCAUCUAUCAUACAAGGUCAACAAUUGAAUCCAACCCAAUUGAUUUCACAAAUAUCGUUUUUACUUCAACAAAAUGAUAUGCAACGAAAUCUAUUAAUUGAAAUGAUGGGAUUACAUGGGAAUGAUUUAGAGCCGCCUAGUAUAAAACCUUUACAGACAAAAGCAAAUCAAGUUAACAACAUUAAUAAGUCAGAACAGUUACCACAUAUAACGGGAAAUAUCAAACCAAAGGAGAUGUCAACAUAUUUGAAUUCAUUUGAUCACCAAUACCAAGCUAUUUUUUGUGAAAAUGAAGAUUUAAAAAAGGAAAAUGGGGAUUUAAAAAAAGAAAAUGAGGGCUUAAGAAAAGAAAUUGAAAAUUUAAGAAAAACACUAUGA